UCGCCGCGCAGGCGCGCAGGGCAGGGGAUUCGUGCGGCGGGUCCGUGGCCGGUUCCCCGGGCGGCAUGUUCCGCCGUCCCCCGCGUAACUUCCGCGGCCGGCGGCGAGCGGCCUCCAGCGGCAGCAGCGAGGAGGAGCCGCCGGUCACUGCCGCCCCGCCGCCAGCCCGCCGCCCUCCCUCCGAUUCCGAGGGCGAGGGGGAUCCCGGCAGCGCCGUUGCGUCUCCCGACGAGGGCAGGGCCGGCACGGCAGAGGGGCCGCUGCCCCCGGAGGAGCCGACGGGCAGCCCCGGGAGCCGGCAGGAGAGUGGAAGAGGCCGAGGGCCGCGCCUCCCAGGCGCCGGGGCCGGGGCCGGGCCGCCGCGGGGGGGAAAGGCGCUGCUGAGCUUCGGUGGGGAAGAGGAGCGGGAUGGUGAAGAACUUUUUAAAAUUAAGAAGCCAUCCUUCAAUGAGGUAACCUUCAGAAUUCAAAAGAAGGACAGUGUGUUGCCUGCACAGACAGAAACCGAAGAAAGCAAAAAAAUCUGUCAGUCGGAACCUGGAACUGGGAAGACCAAAGGCACUUGUGAAGAAGAGGAGGAGAAGGAGAAUGAAAAUUAUUCUUCACUAAGUGAGGAUGUCAACAGCUCAGACUCUGAAAAUGAAUCCAGCUCUCCACAGAGGAGGAAGGAUUUAUCACCAGGUAGUAUCCCCAGUGCAGCUUCUAUUGAUGCUGCUCGCAGGAAACGUCACUUAGCCAGGACCCGGGCCGAUUAUCUUCCUCUGGAUGUUUCAAACAGUCAUCAGGUCUCUCAGAGAAGAGAAAACAGUGAUUUAGAGAGUGAAGAUGAGUCCGAUAUGAAGAAUCUGGAUUUUGUUCCUAAAAUGAGAACGCUUAGGCAACGGAUGACUGAACACAUGGUGGGUGAUGAAUCAAGUGAAGAUGAAGCACAAAUGAAGUGGGAAGAACAGCAAAUAAAGAAAGCUGUUAAACUAUCUCAGGAAACUUAUGAUGAUGUUUCCCUGCAUAAAUCUCGACCAGCUAAACCCAAGUUUGAUCCCUCUGUUUCUCUACCGCCUGUGAACUUGGAAAUUGUGAAGAAGCGACUGACUGAACGGAUAACAUCAUUACAGGAUGUGCACCGUGCCCACCAGAGGGAAUAUGAAAAGUAUAUGGAGGACAUUGAAAGUUCAAAGAUGACUGUCCAGGAGUUAGAGGAGUCUUCGGAUGCAGCUCUGAAUUACAAAUUCUACAGGGCCAUGAAGACAUAUGUAGAAAACUUGAUAAACUGUUUGAAUGAAAAACUGAAAGACAUUAAUGAUGUAGAACUGGCUGUGCAUGUACUUCUUCAGCAAAGAGCCAUGAGAGUGUUGGAACGAAGACAAGAUGAGCUGAAAAACGAAUCUGCUUAUAUUCAGCAUCUGACAAGUGGGAAUGACAGACCGACUAAUGGUGGAUUGGAAGGCGAUGAGAAGACACAGCUUCGGGAAAUGUGUGAACAUCGAAGGACUCGCAGACGGCAAGCGAGAGAGUGUUCGGGAGAAGCCGAUCACCACGAGGGCAUGUCGAGCGAUGAUGAGCUGACUCCGACAGAGGCAACCGAGUUCCAGAAGAGCAAAGAUAACGUUUUAGAGGAUAGUAGGAAAAUCUUUGAAGAUGUACAUGCAGAUUUUUGUGACAUCAGAAAAAUCCUGUUGAAAUUCCAGGAAUGGAAAGAGAAGUUUCCUGACACUUACUGUGAUGCUUAUAUCAGUUUCUGCCUACCUAAGCUAUUAAAUCCAUUGAUCAGAGUUCAGCUAAUAAAUUGGAAUCCUCUUGAGCAGAAUUGUAGAGAGUUGGAAGACAUGCCUUGGUUCAGAGCUAUAGAAGAAUUCAGUGAUGCCAAAAAUGUAUCUGAAUCAAAAAGGAAAGAUGAUCCUGAUCAAGAAGUUUUGCCAAGAGUGAUUGGAAAAACUAUUCUUCCAAAAAUUACAGCAUUUGUGGAGAAUAUGUGGGAUCCUUUAUCCACUUCACAGACAAAGAACCUCGUACAGCUUUGCCAUAACAUCUUUGAAAAAAAAGCUCUUUCCAAAAGUGAUUGCAGUCGAGCAAAAGAGGAUUUGGUGAACAUGGUUGUUCUAAGAAUGAAGAAAUCUGUAGAGGAAGAUGUGUUUAUUCCUCUGUAUCCUAAAAGCGCUGUGGAAGACAAAUCAUUACCCUGUUCAAAAUUUCAAGAAAGAAGAUUUUGGUCAGCUUUUAAGCUGCUCUCCAAUGUUCUUCUUUGGGACGGGAUUGUACAAGAAGAUACAGUCCGUGAUUUGGGACUGAGCAAGCUGCUGAAUCGUUACCUUCUUCUGAACCUCUUAAACACACCUCCAGGGCUGGAUAAUAUAGAGAAGUGUAAAAAGGUGGUAGCGUCCCUCCCAGAAAGAUGGUUCCAAGAUCUUAAAAGUGGAUCAACUCUUCCCGAGUUACGGAACUUCUGCCAGCACUUGCUGCAGUGUGCGCGUGCGCUACACAAGAACAACCGCAGUAAUGAAACAAAAGAAGUUCUUCUCCUUCUGGUGAAAGUCAAAGCUCUGCAUGUUGUUGAAGACUUCAUUGAAAAGCACAAACUUGAACACCUUAAUUUGAUGAUCGGGAAAUAGAAAUUUUUGAAGCAUCACUUACAUUACUGAGACAAGCCUGAUACUCACACUGAAGCAGUUCUAAUAUGCAAUUGAAUUAGUGGAUCCUACCUACUCAAAGAUGCAGUAAUCACUGUCUUCUUGUUAAAUACUUGAGGAGGUUUUUUUGCUUGUUUGUUUUCCCAAAUGUCUUCUACUGAAAUGUCUUCUACUUCCAUCUACUCCUAGGUUAAGGAUUCUCUUUAGAAGUUAAAAUUGUCAAAGUGAUGUUUCAGGCAUUCCAAAACUUAUGACAAUGCUUUAUUGCUUUACCCUUUUGGAAGGGUUCCUGUAAAGAAUGGAAGUGCCUGUGAAGUUUAUCACUGCUAUCAAGUAGAUACCUUUACCAGCAAUUUUCAGUAUUCAUUGCAAAUAUCACUGACUCAGGAGUCAUUGAACUCUUCUGACUUGUGGUCCACAGUGAUUUUUUUGGUAGGUUUAUUUUAAGCCAUCCCUGGUGAAAAAGAAUUCGUCACGUUGCAGGAGUUUUGACCCCGAGACAGGAAGAAGGGAAGUGACUGUGCAGAUGAGGAGUUGGAUGAAUGUUUAUUGAUGGUAACUGUGGUUCAGUGAGGUAAGAAGUUGCACAAGAGAACAUCUGGGGAAGAGCAAACACAUUGUGAAGAUGAUGCCAGAUGGGCAUGGUUUGGCAGCCGGUACAUACGGAAACCAUGUGCACGGAGCUGGAGUUGUCACAUGUCUGGCUUUAUCAGACUGUUAAUACCAGACAUCUCGAUCAUAAGUACAAGAACAACUUGAGUUCCCUUCUAGUAACUGACACUCUAGGAGAGUCUGCCUUUUGCUUCCCAGUAAGAUCUACUGAACCUUAUUUCAUAAUCCCUUAUUAGAUUUCUAAUGUUUUCUAACUUUGUAUAUUUGCAAUAAAUAUUGUUAUAGAAUAACAAGGAUGCUUUACUGUAGAAACCGUAGUGUGUCACAGACUCCAUAUGUUUACUUGUGAAUGUUUCUCCAGAAUCUUCUGGGACUAGAAUCUAACUCUUGCAGACUUAAUCCCCGUGAUUUCUUUUAUAUUGUUUUUAAGUUAAAAAUAUAUUUUUGUAAAGUAUUUUAAUUGUAAAUAGCUUUGAUCAGUCUUACAGACAGAAGAUGACAUUGAAAAGAAUUGUUUUAUUUUGAAAAUAAAAAUAUUUUGCUGUGUUAAUGAA